AAGCAAACUUUGGAUGACAUGAGACGUCUGGCCAUUCAACAAGCCAAAGAUGAGGAACUAGCAGGAUUCUUUGCCAAUGAAGGGAUUUCUUGGCACUUUAUACCCCCGUCUGCUCCACAUUUUGGAGGGAUGUGGGAAGCUGGAGUUCGCUCAAUUAAACUCCAUAUGAAACGGAUACUUGGAUCAAAGGCUUUAACGUUUGAGGAGCUCUCUACUGUCCUGACCCAAAUUGAAGCUAUCCUGAAUUCACGCCCGCUGUGCCCACCUGGGGUUAAUUCUUUGGAUCCACUGACGCCUGCUCAUUUUUUGACUGGAUCUCCGUAUACUGCAUUGCCUGAACCCUGUCGUCUGGAUAUGCAAGUCAAUCGAUUGGAGAGGUGGAAUCAGCUGCAAGCCAUGGUUCAAGGCUUUUGGAAAAGGUGGCAUAUGAGAAUCUGAAGAUCGACACACUGGUAGUACUCAAGGAGCCCAAUCUACCGCCCUCUAAAUGGAUUCUUGGCCGCAUCACCGCAGUGCACGCAGGAAUCGACAACAAGGUCCGAGUCGUUACAGUGAAGACUGCUCACGGAUUAUACAAACG